AUGGACCGCACCAGCAUCGGGGCCAAGAGCCUCUUCCCCAAGGGCCCCAGCUUCACCCUCGACAAUUUCUCCAACAAGGACUUCAUCGUCCGCGACUUUGUCGACAGCCUUGCGGAGAGUGCCGUGCCAAUCAACCGGAGGUCGGGCCCGGCGCAACCCGCCUUUGAUGCGAAGCCUCUAAUUCGAACGUUUGAGAAUGCACUGAGCCAGUUGGCCAUCCUAGGAGAUGAGCUGCAAGAAAAAGAGUCGGAACUCCUAUCGCAGGUGCGACGAGCCGAGAUCCAGCACGACCAGACCCUCGACACGCUCGGCAGGAAGCUCGACCAGUCCAUGAGCUCUUUUGAGGCCCUCGACGGGACCGCAGCCUCGGGAAAGUCGAACAACUACGAGGUGCAGAGCAAAUCCGAUGGCGAAGGCAAUGUCGCCGUGCAGAUUGGCGAGAAGCUCGAGGACCUGGACCGCAAGCGGCGGCGCGCGCAGGACGCCCAGUUCCUCAUCCAGUGCUGGAGCGAGGUCAGCGACACCGGCAUGCUCGCGUCACUCGAGGACAUUCGCCGCCAGGGAGGUGCCGAGAAUAAGAUUCGCUGCGCCGUCAUCGCCCGCCAGCUCAUGCGCAUCUCUCAGCAGCUCGACCAACCCUCGUGGGGCCACGCCAACGGCCAGCGCCGCAGCUCUGUCGGCGGCGGCAACGGCAGCGGGAACGGAGUAAAGACGCACAACACGAGGGAAGUCCUGGAGAGGUUUUGUGAGUCACUCGAGCAGGACCUCCUGCAGCAGUUCAAUAACAGCUACCGCAAGCAAAACUUUGACGACAUGCUGGAGUGCGCGAGGGUGCUGCACGACUUCAAUGGCGGCGCGAGCGUCAUUGCGGCGUUUGUAAACCAGCACCAGUUCUUUAUAGAUCGCGACCAGCUGAUGAAUGACGAAGUCAUUGCGGAUACAGACAUUUGGGAGCCCAUCGCGGACCCUGAUGCCACUCCCCCGGGCGUUGAGGCUAGCUUGCAGUCGCUCAUUGAUGAGGUAAAGAUUGUCAUGCAAGAAGAAUCCUUCAUCAUAAAACGAGCCUUUCCAUAUUACGAAACAGUCCUCGCAAAGUUCAUCCAGCGAGUCUUCCAACAGUCGAUCCAGCAACGCUUGGAGAAGGUCCUGGACAAGGCCGACACCGUGUCGUCGCUUGCUUUCUUGCGCUCGCUUCACUCGUCUCGCAGUUACAUUAGCUCUUUGAUUGAGGAUCUCAAGACACAUGGACUGACUGAGCAUCCCGAGCCAUGUUCCGGCCAGAUCGCGCAGACACUCGACCAGCAAGUGGACGAACUGUUCGUUCCUUAUCUUGUGGGCAAUCUCUACAUUGAAAGGGAGAAGAAGAGUAUUGAAGAAAUGUAUAGCUCCCUGCUGUUCAAGUUUACAAUGUACCACUCGCGAAAGAAGAAGGCCCCGACCGGAUUCAUGGCAUCUCUCGCUCAACAGGGCACACAGCUGAUGGCGUCAGCCAAGGAUGCUUACCUAGAGCGUCUGGAGUCGUCCGACUUGACACCCACACAAAAGGCCACGAUGUUGCGCGUCGCCGGUAUUGCGGAAAAGGACAAUAAGAAUGAAAUUGAGCUCUCCGAAGACGACGGAACACUGAGUGUUGCCAACGCCAAGCGCAUGCUCAAGUGGCUUGCCGAGAGUGUGCAGCGUACGCUGGAGCUGGGAGCUGCGGUCGACACACCCAAGGAGAUGAGCGUCUUUAUGAACCUGCUUCUCAGCAACAUGGGCCAGGUCUAUGUCCAAACAGCACUGGAUGCUGCACAUAUGCAGGCCACCAUUCUGGAAAACUCCAAAACGGAGCCCGACAUGGCGUACCUGCCAGCCAUCCGCCCUGCCGUCACCAUCUCGGCCAUCAUGGACCGCUUCAACAGCACGGUGCUCAUCCGCCUCGCCGAGUCCAACACGACGGUGCGCAAGAGCAUGGAGGCGCAGAAGAAGAUGGCCAUUGACGACAUUGAGAAGAAGACCAACGCCGUCAUCAAGAUCUCCAUCGAUGUCAUCGUCAACUUCGUCGCGAAGACGCUCAGCGGGCAGAAGAAGCAGGACUUCCGCCCCAAGGACAUGGAGCUCGAGUCGCUGCAGACGCCGACGUGCCUAACCAUCUGCACCUUCCUGGGGCGCGCCGAGAAGCACGCGUCGGCCGCCGUCGACGGUGCCAACGCGGAGAAGUUCUUCAGCGAGCUCGCGACGGAGCUGCACCGGCUGCUCUUCGACCACUUCAAGCGCUUCCAGGUCAACGCCACCGGCGGCCUCAUGGUGACGCAGGACAUUGCAAAGUACGUGUCCGUGGUACGCGGCUGGCCGCUCGCCCGGGACAUUGGCCUCGCCGUCGAGCUGCUGACCGAGAUCGGCUCGCUGUUCAUCGUCGGCGCCGAGGCGCUGAGGGAGAAGGCAAGGGGGCUGGCGCCGGGCCAGACGGCGGCCAUGGCGGCCGCGCGGGGGAAGCUGUCCAAGGCGGACUUUCAGGCGUUCGUGCAGCGGCGCGACGACGCGUCCUCGGUGGGCAUCCAGAGCAUGCUGGCAGGUUUAUAA